CGGCGGUUACCAGGCUCGAGACCAUGGACUUAGACACCUAAGUCUGUGCUGCCCAAGUGUUCAUUGAAGUCAGCUGGAACUGAAGAUCUUCCCAAGAGCUUCUACAGACAUUGAUUCCAGAAGGCAGAAUCUGAUCUGGAUUAUAUUCAACACAAACUGGAGUUUGAAAUAAUGAAAAGCCUUCCCGAUAAUCCAGCAGAAGAGGAAAAUCCAGUUACACUUUUAGAAGAACUCUCAGUGGUGAAGUCUCGUUAUAAACUGUUAUGUGCACAGCUGGAAAAAGUUUCCAUAGAGCAGAGAGAAUCCAUGAACUGCAUUCGUGCUGCUCUAGAAAACACAAUGAAGAUGGUUCAGGCACUACAGCAACAUACUGAUCUUGAGCGCUUGCCUCUAUCAGAAGAAGAACAGUCUGCAGCACAACAGUUAACCUGCCAAACUGUUAAAGAAAUGAAAUCGCUAGUGGAAGAGCCAUCUAGUUCAGAAUCUGCAGUCCCUGACUCAACUGAAGAAUCACAAUUCAAACCAUUGACUGAAGAAAUGCUUAUGGCUGUACCAAGGACUAUCAGAAGUACUGUUAAACUAGAAGACUUGAACAGUUUUUACAGGGAGUUAUUUAACCACUUUGUUGUAAAUAAGAACAGAGUAGCACUUAGUGUUUCGCAGAUGAACAAGAUGAAUAUGAAAGCCACUGACUCAAGAGUACGCAUCUUGAAAGAACUUUCUCUUGUGGAACUUGACAAGCAAGGAAAUGUUAAGUUAGUUUUGUAAAUGAAAGCUCAGUCCAUUUUUAUUUGAUACACAAGCAUCUUGGUUAUAGCUCCUGGAUUAUUAACAAGGAAGUAUUUCUGUGGUGUCUAGGUGUUAACAAUACACUGCUAGAAAGCUGUUAAUAUUUCUAUAUACAAAUUCUAUUUAUAAAACUUAAAUUUGCAGAAUUAAACAUUAAGGUUGGAAUUUUAUUUUGGGUAUUUGUAAGGCUAUAGUAGAUGCAUUUUUGAAGAGUAGUGUUAACCAUGUGACAGUUCCAUGUUCCAGUUGACAUUCCUGAGUGGGUUUUUACAAUGAAUAACCCAAACCAUUUAAUUGUACUUACAUUCCUGAAUAAAUGAUUAAAGCUAA